AUGCCUAUUUAUUUCAUCCAAAGGGAUAUCCUUGAAUAUUUCGAGAAUUCUUACUCGUUAUACGAAACCCUAUUUACGGCACUGAAGGAUACCUCUGUUUUCUACAAAAGUCCUGAUUAUCUUAGAUUACCAUUAAUAUUCUAUUAUGGCCAUACCGCGACACUUUACGUUAACAAACUCAAACUGGCCGGAUUAAUCAAGGACCGCAUCGAUUUACAUCUGGAAACUUUAUUGGAGACUGGUGUCGAUGAAAUGUCUUGGGAUGACACAGAAAGCUAUCGCUUCGGCGGUAAAUUUCAAUGGCCAACAGUUGAAGAAGUUUAUGCAUAUCGUCUCCAACUUAGAAAGCUAAUUCGCGAAGUUAUUCGAAAAACACCUCUAGUGCUGCCAAUAACUGAAGAUAGCCCAUGGGGUAUCUAUCUGUCAGUUCGUCUUAACAUUUCGAUACUCCUUAUUCUAACUAUGUCUUGGCUUGAAUACAACAAUCUAUCAAAGUGGGCACUCUUUUUAUCCAUUGAACAUGAAAGGUUGCAUUUUGAGACUUCUUCUGUGCUUUUCCGUCAAUUGCCAGUAGAUAUGCUUGCUAAACCGAAUGAUUGGCACUAUGCAUCUUACCAAGCGAAUGAAAACGCUGGUGAUAAUAAUCUUAUUGCCGUCGACCAGAAAGAUGUUAGACUUGGAAGGCCAGAUGCGUUCCCAUCAUUCGGCUGGGAUAAUGAAUAUGGUGAACUGGUAUCUCAUGUUUCACCUUUUCAAGCCACUAAAUAUCCAAUUACCAACGGCGAAUACUUGAAGUUUGUUAAGGACGGCGGAUACGAAAGGAGAGAAUUUUGGUCGAACGAAGGGUGGAAUUGGAAAAUAUUUCGCAAGGCACAUCAUCCAGUCUUUUGGAUUUGUGAUAAAGGCUGCAAAUUGGGUUGUGGUGGAAAUCUUAGUGAAUAUUCCCAUUGUCAGCCACGUUUUUUCGAUAAUGAUUUCAAUUAUCAUAAUCAAGAAGACCUGACAUCCAAAUUCAAAUAUCGUACGACUUUUGAUGUCAUUACUAUGCCGAUGGAAUGGCCUGUUGAAGUCAACUAUCACGAAGCAAAAGCAUAUUGUACCUGGUUAGGUAAAGACUAUCGACUACCAAGUGAAGCUGAAUAUCAUAGAAUGCUAGAUCAAAAUUUACCUCCAAAUCCCUCCGUAGCUUGUGAUGUAGCCUUCGAUAAAGUCCCAGAUUGGAAUUUAAAUUUUCAGUAUUGCAGUUCAACGCCAGUUAAUUUAUAUCCUCCAACUGUGACCGGAUUUUACGAUAUUAUGGGUAACGUAUGGGAAUGGACGGAAGAUCAUUAUAACGGGCUUCCUGGAUUUCGUACUCAUCCGUAUUAUGAUGAUUUCUCAAGCAACGCGUUUGAUGGAAGGCAUAACUUAAUGAUGUUCGGUUCUUGGGCAACUACUGGUGAAUCGGCCUCUCAAUUUUUUCGACUAGCUUUUAGGAGACAUUUCUUUCAACAUGCCGGGUUCCGAGUAGUAAAAAGCAAUCCUCGAACGCUCCCUCCUAUUGUAUUACUUGAUACAGAGAUUAGCCAGCAAUGCCACGAGGAAUAUACCAAAUACUACUCUGACAACCGUAUUGAAAUUUGCGGGCAAAUUAGCUCUAAUGUUCAAUUUAAGUUCGAAACCGAUCAAAUGUUAUAUGAUAUGCUUCGGUUUCAAUAUUCCGAUACUGAUAACAUUCACAGUCUUUACGGUGUAAUGACCGAGAUAUUAGUUGAAAAGAUGUUGCUCAUACCUAAAACGUAUGGCAUAGCUACAGAUUCUGCAUUAGUAAUUGGUUGUGGCACUGGAAGGCUAGCUUUUGAAUUAAGUACAAUAUAUCGAAAGGUCUUGGGGCUUGACUAUUGUGGAAAAUUUAUCAGUGCUUGUCUGAAUAUUGCAAAGAAAGGAUCGGCAAAUUUUGAUUUUGCAGGCUUAAAUGACUCACUGACAAUUAGCAUAGACUCGAAUAUUAACCUUGAUCGAGUAGCAUUUAAGCAGUUAAGUUGGCUACCUAACGAAGUUGGGAAUCACGACCUUGUUCUUUUAACCUGUUUGGAUCGAGUAAACAACAGAAAAAGCUGGUUGAUUCGAUUGAACGAAAUAGUAAAGGAUGAUGGAAUUGUGGUUAUCAAUAUUUCAGACGUAAAUUCUGAACAGUUAAUGGAUAGCAUGAAAGAUGAGUUCGAUUUGCUGGCUUGCGUUAAUCUUAUCGAUAACAAAAAGAUAGCCAACGGUAAUAGCAUUGCGUUAUCGAAUCCAUUAUUGGGAAAUUAUAUAACCAUCUGGAAGAAAGUUCCGAUCUCAUAA